AUGGCUGAACUGGCUAGGGAUUUCUAUGAAUCGCUUCAAAAUGAAGGAUUAGUGUCCUACACAGAAAGACAAACAGCGACCAAAGAAGUACUGAAUGCAAUACAGACGCAGUUGUCGCCCGAGAACAAACAUGAACUGGAAAAGAACUUAUCAUCAGAUAAUGUCAGUGAGGUCAUCGACCUCCUACCUAAUGGGAAAGCUUCAGGGACCAAUGGUCUCCCAUACGAAUUCUGGAAGUGGGUGAAUAAUAAAUCAAAAUCCCUAUCCGAAAAGGAUCAAGAUGAAGAACCGUUCAAUUUCAUCGAUUGCCUCACAGCAGUACUCAACGAUGUUGAGAUUCACGGAGCAGCACCCAACACCUGUUUCGCUGAUGGUCUGCUACAC